CCAAAGCUCCAGCGGUCUCCCACCGCAAACAACCAACAAGAUGAGCAAAUUCGGCACCUUGGUCAUGGGCCCCGCCGGCGCCGGCAAAUCCACCUUCUGCACCGCCCUAAUCCAACACCUCCAAAACAACAAACGCCCCUGCUACUACGUCAACCUCGAUCCCGCCGCCGAAGACUUCUCUUUCGCGCCCGACAUCGACAUUAAAGACCUCAUCUCCCUCUCUGACGUCAUGGAAGAAAUGGGGCUCGGCCCCAAUGGCGGGCUCAUAUACUGCUUCGAGUUCCUACUCGAGAACCUCGAUUUCCUGACGGAACCCCUAGACCUGGUCACGGAGGAAUAUCUGAUUGUGUUCGAUAUGCCCGGGCAGAUUGAGCUGUAUACGCAUGUCCCCAUCCUACCGAAAUUGGUGCAGGUUCUCAUGGGCGGGAGUCUGAAUAUCAGGAUGUGCGCGGCGUAUCUACUGGAGAGCACGUUUAUCAUCGAUAGACCGAAGUUCUUCGCCGGCACGCUGAGUGCCAUGUCCGCGAUGAUGAUGCUCGAGAUGCCGCAUAUCAAUAUUCUCUCCAAGAUGGAUCUCGUCAAGGGCCAGAUACCACGGCGGGAUCUGAAGCGCUUCAUCGACCCGGAUGCGGGGCUAAUCGACGACGACGAGGCGCGCCAUGUCGAAGAGGAGAAGCCCGGCACGAGUCGGAAUAGUGACCCCGCUGCUGUGGAGAACGUGAUGGGUGGAAGCUCGUUUCAUCAGCUGAACAAGGCGGUUGCGAAUCUCAUAGAUGAUUUCAGCAUGGUAUCGUUUCUACAGUUGGAUGUGCAGAGCGAGGAUAGUGUUGGUGCGGUGCUGAGCUAUAUCGAUGACGCAAUACAGUACCAUGAAGCGCAAGAGCCGAGGGAGCCGGUGGAGGAUGAGGCGGAUGCGAGGAUGGAGGAUUGAACUGGCUACUUUGCUGCAAGUGGGCAUUUAUGGGAGUUCUUUGUUGGGCAUUUCGGGCGCUUGGUUGGUCUUUAUACCCUGGAUUCACGAUUGAGAUCUUAGAAUCUUGGACUUUGUGCGGUAGAGGUGCCAAAGAAGGUUGGGUAACGUGUUGGAAGCAUGCUGGAAAAGGCUACUUAAACGGAACCAUAUGCUAGGCGUUCUAAUAAAAUCUUCUGGAACUACGAAGAACAGGGCAAAAUUCAAAGCCUCUCGCUACGAACCUACUAGUGGUCUUUGGUGAGGUAGGACUGUUCGAUGUGGGUUUCCUCUCAAUAAAGAAAACCAAUUCGAUUUCCUCAGAUCUUCUCUUUAUAUCUUCCAAGCCUCGCAGCCUGUAUCCACGCCCAAAUCUUCGCUUCUCGUG